AUAGCAACAUCCUACUUCUACGGUGUUGUUAGGAGGUAGUAGUUGUGGUUUCGAAGGGAUUUCUGCUUUGUCACACAACUUACUGUUCUUUUAGCUUAGUAAUACUCUGCAACCAUGGCUUUAGAAGCUUUAUUAGGCGUUAAAGAAAGUUUUGUCCAUCCAUUUGCGGCUGAAGAGGAGGGCAAGGGAGAUUUUGUUAUUAAUAGUUUUAAUAAUCAAUUACAAUUAUCUCUACCACCUUUGGCCAAUCCAUUAUCUAGCAGGACGAAUUUUGAAUCAGAGGAAUGUGGAAGAAAAAUUAAAAUAAAUUUUGAUCAUGGUACUACAACUCUGGGAUUUGUUUACAAAAACGGUGUUAUUUUAGCUGUAGAUUCAAGAGCAACUGGUGGGCAGUACAUUGGUUCUCAGUCAAUGAAGAAAAUAAUUGAAAUCCAUAAAUAUUUGGUUGGUACUAUGGCUGGUGGUGCUGCUGAUUGUGUUUAUUGGGAUAGGGUGCUUGCAAAACAAUGCCGCCUCUACGAGCUACGGAAUAAGAGUCGCAUUUCCACAGCAGCAGCUUCAAAACUCAUGGCCAACAUGGCAUUUUCAUAUAAAGGAAUGGGAUUGUCAAUGGGCAUGAUGAUUGCUGGUUACGAUAAAAAUGGUCCUAGCCUGUAUUAUGUCGAUUCUGAAGGUCAAAGAACAAAAGGCAAAGUUUACAGUGUCGGUUCAGGUUCAGUCUAUGCCUUUGGUGUUCUCGACUCUGGUUAUUCAUUUGAUUUAGAAGACAAUGAUGCUUAUGAGCUGGCCCGAAGAUCCAUUUAUCAUGCUACUUAUCGAGACUCUUACUCUGGUGGCAUUAUUAGAGUUUACCACAUGAAAUCGACUGGAUGGGAAGUCAUUUCUCAACAAGAUUGUUUGGAACUCUACCAUAAAUACAAAGAUGAUAAGCCGCUGUUGUCCCAAUAAUUUUAAUACUAUCAUUUAAUUAUCAUUGAUAUAUUUUCCAUAUUCAUUUUUAUUUAUGUGUAUGCAAUAUCUGUUAAUAUCAUAUCUGCUAAUAAAACAACUUGAUUUUUU